GGUUGAGUAGAGAUUAGCCGAAUCAAUUCUCGAUCCCCAAAUUUCGAAACUUGUUCUUAGGGCUUUGCUCUCGAUUCCUCUCUUCGAUCGUUGGCGAUUUGAUUUCUAUCUAUCGGUGAUCGGAUUUUUUCAGAGUCUUCUCCGUCUCGUCGUUGCCGGCGUCUGAUCGGAUCAUCGUUUUGUUCAGGCGAAAUAUGGUGGUGAUUUCCCUGAAGAUUUUGAAUUCGAAAUUUCUCAGAUUGCUUCCGCUUGACUUUAUCGCGAUUUCGAUUACGUGUAGACUUUCUUCUUGGCUUUGUCUUCGAAUCCUAUAAUUAACCAUUUAGGAGUUUUCGUUUUGUGUUUUGAUGGUCUUGUGAAUAAUCGUGUCUGGUGUAUAUAAAGACUGGUGAUUAUUAGGGUUUGGGACGAGAGUAGAUUGCUUUGGGAUCUCUAGAUCUUUGACUGAGGAAUAUGUAUAUCGAAGAACUGACAGAAAGGGAAGAGGAGGAGAAGGGGGAGAGAUCGGUUGAGGAUCACGUUGCUGAUGGAGAUAAGGCGAUUUUGGUUAGCAGAGGAAACGUGAUUGUGUUGACUACAAAGAGGGCACUCGUUGGUGUUGGUGCUCGUGCCUUGUUUUAUCCUACUCUGAUUUACAACGUUGUUAGGAAUAAGCUCGAGACUGAGUUUCGCUGGUGGGAUCGAGUUGCUGAGUUUAUAUUACUGGGAGCUGUUCCAUUCCCAUCUGAUGUUCCACAGCUGAAAGAGCUCGGUGUUUGUGGAGUGAUCACUCUGAAUGAGCCAUAUGAAACUUUGGUUCCAUCGUCUCUCUACAAAUCUUACUGCAUUGACCACCUGGUGAUUGCCACAAGGGAUUAUU